AUGAAGCAACUAGCUCGCCGUUAUCUUUGGUGGCCAAAGCUGGAUAAAGAGAUUGAGGAGACUGUUAAGCUUUGUUCAGCUUGCCAGGAGUCAGCUAAAGCACCACCAGCUUCUAAAUCUGCUUCGUGGUCUUGGCCUGGUGGCCCUUGGAAGCGUUUGCACCUUGACUUCGCAGGUCCAUACCUAGGAAAAAUGUUUUUAAUAAUAGUGGAUGCUUAUUCAAAGUUCAUUGAUAUUGUACCUAUGACGAGUGCUACCUCAGCAACCACUAUUGCGGCUCUUCGUCAUACAUUUAGUUAUUUCGGACUACCAGAACACUUGGUUACAGAUAAUGGUACGCAAUUCACCAGUGCAGAAUUUCAGAAAUUUCUUAGAGACAAUUUCAUUCAACAUACCACUACAGCGCCUGAUCAUCCUGCCACAAAUGGGUUGGCGGAACGCUACGUUGGCGAUUUCAAGGACAAACUCUCCAAAAUUGGCAACACAGGGGAACCAUUACAAACCAGGUUGGACCGAUAUUUGUUAACUUACAGGGCCACACCCACUUCUUUGGGAAAAACUCCUUCUGAAUUGCUUAUGAACAGACAACCAAGAUUAAGACUUAGCGCUCUAAGAAGCAGUCCGAAUAAACAGGAAGUAAAGAUUUUCCAAGAUAACGUUGACAAUAAGCCGAGGUAUUUGAAUGACCAACCAGUUUUUGCGCGAAACUUCGGAAAGGGGGCAAAAUGGGUCCCUGGCACCAUUAUAGGUACUAUCAGUCCCCGAAAUUAUGAUAUUCAAGUUGGAGAUGUAGUUUGGAAACGUCACGAGGAACAGCUUCGCACUCGUUUUAUACCUAGCAAUCAAUUCACAAACCUACAGUCUGUUUCACAUCCGGAGAUGCGUUUGGAGACCGAUUUUCAGGAACAUUUGUCAGAUAUGAGCUCUCCUGUACCCGUUACCUUGACUACUUCACAAGGACCUUCGCAAACGCAUGAAGAAGUGAAGGAUCUUCCCAAAGACGACUCCAUGGACAUUGAACCCUCUAUUUUAACAGAAGACAGCAGUGCUAUCCCUUCAACUGUUUUUCCAGACUCUCCUUACCUUAGGAGAUACCCUCAACGGAACAGAAAACCACCCGAUAGGUUUUAUUGA